CGCUCCGGUGCCCACGGGCGGCGGCGGGGCCGCGGGUCCGUGUCGGUGCGUGCGUGUGCGCUGCCCGCCCGCCGCGGGGGGAGAAAGGGGGGAGCCCGGCCUCCUUCCUCAUUUUGGGGCUGAGAAGAGCGAUUUCCUUCGCCAGCUGCAGUUCUGCGCUUCUUGCCUUUUUUUUUUUUUUUUUUUUUUUUUUUUUUUUUAAAUUUGUCUUAUUUAUCAAACCCAGCCGCCGAGCCGGGCGCGGGGCCGCGCUGUGAAGCCGCGGGCUCCGCUCCCCGCACCGAUGGAGCCGCAUCCCCGGGAUCCCGGCCGCACCGCCUGGGCAUUGCCGUGCCUGCUGCUGCUCGCCCUGCCCGGUGUGGAUGCCCAGGGGGGUCAGGGCUUCAGUCUGCAGCAGCCCCAGGCCAAGGUGACGGUGGCAGCAGGGGAGACGCUCACCCUGAACUGCAUCACGUCUGGAAUUGCUGGACCAGGUCCUGUGAUGUGGCUGAAGGGCUGGGGCAGUGAGAACAAGACUGUCUAUGACCAGAAGAAGCAGGAUUCUUCCUCCCGUGUGACGAGAGCAGUGAAUGGGUCUGACACAGACUUCACCAUCCUCAUCAGGAACGUUCAGCCUGAGGACAUGGGCACCUACUACUGUGUGAAGUUUGUCAAGGGGGACUCUGGUGAUGAUGAGGUGUUUCAGCGUGGCAAUGGCACCGAGGUGUCUGUGCAAGCCAAACCCAGCCCCCCACUCGUGUCUGGGCCCGAGCAGAGAGCGAGGCCGGGGGAGUCGGUGCCUUUCACCUGCAUGAGCGGAGGGUUCUUUCCUGAAACGAUUGGGGUGAAAUGGUUCAAGAACAGGGACAUCAUGGUGGGUCAGCGACCCCAGGUCACCGAGUGGAGGAGGAAAACCUACAACAUGUCCAGCACAGCGAUGGUGACCCUGCAGAAGGAUGAUGUCCCCUCUGAGCUCAUCUGUGAGGUGCAGCACCCCACGCUGCCGGCCCCGCUGCGUGGCAGCUACCAGCUCAGCAGAGUCCUGCGAGUUCCCCCCAGUGUCGAAGUGCGCGCCGAGCCCAGCCCCGUUGAGGUGAACAAGACCGUGACCUUCGCCUGCCUCGUGAAGGAGUUUUACCCAGCUAACGUGUCCGUUUCCUGGCUGGAGAAUGGGAUUGAGAUAAAGGUGCAGAACAUCUCCCAGCCAUGGAAGCUGCCCCGGGGCUUGUUUGAGCUGAGAAGCCAGGUGGAGGUGCAAGCGACGGAGGAGAAAAACGGGUCCACGAUCAUCUGCACGGUGGUGCACGAUGGCCAGGCCCCUGCCAACUACUCAGCCUCCCUGUGGAUCUCCAACCCGGCCCCAGGGGGAUUGAUCGAUGGGUUCCAGAUGGAUAAGGAAGAUAUGCUCAUCUACAUCGUGGUGGGCGUGGUCUGCACCGUGCUGGCCCUGCUGGUGGCUGCGAUUCUGUACCUGAUCCGGACCAAGCAGAUCAAGGCAGGUAAAAGCUCACCGUCUGCUAGGUUACAUGAGCCAGAGAAGAGCAGCGAGGCCACGACCCAGGAAUCCGACCCCAACAACCUGACCUACGCGGACCUGAACUUCGACAAGGAGAGGAAGAGCAUCCGGCGGAUGGUGGAGAUGAGCCAGCAGUCGGAGUACGCCUGCAUCCAGACCAACCAGGCGCCCAACGGCGACGACAACCUCACCUACGCCGACCUGGACAUGGUGCACCUCAGCAAGGCGCCCAAGCGGCCGGCCCCGCGCCCCGAGGAGGCUGGAUCUGAGUAUGCCAGCGUCCAGAUCACCAGGAAGUGAGCAGUGGCUGCUGGGAGCCCCUGUCCUGCUGGGAACAGCUCUGCUCCUCCCUGAGACUGUUCUCUUGGAAGCAGCGGGAGCGAUGUGACAAUGCGCUGCGGUACCUGUGUUUUAGGAUGGAAAUGGAGCCCGCAGUACUUGUGGGGGUCUUCUCCCAUCCAGAGAGACGUGAUUUUUGGGGGCAGUUUGGUCCUGGGGCCGCCAGCUCCAUCCCUUCAGGACCCCCAUCAAGGGUUGCUCAACCUCAGUGUGCCGGGUUUGCCCGCAAGCAGAUUCAGCCAGCGGAGCAGCAGCUCCUUGGGAAGCUCCAGCUGGGCUGAGGGGACAGGUACAGUGCCUCCACACCAGCUCUCAUGGGGAUGCCACUGCCUGGCCCACAGGCUCCCCAGGACCAGCAGGGCCCCCACACUGCCUUCUGGGGCUCUGCCACCACGCCUGGACACCAAACUCUGGCUUUAAAGGAAGGACCUAAGUGUCCGCCUCUCUUCCCAAGUGUCCCUUCUGCGGGACCUCUGUCUCGCCACAGGCCAAGAGGCUGGAAGGCCACUGAGCCGAGGCCCUGCCCUGCCGUCCAGGGGAGCUCCAGGUCUGGCUCCCCAGCACCGAGCAUCCUCCUCAUCAUCAUCACCUUCCUGUGCACAGCCUUGCCCUGCACUGGGACUCGCCAGCGCUGCCCCAGGCUUGUACAAAGCGUGCGAGGGCCCCCCCAGCCUGGCUCCCCCCCGGGAGCUCCCCGCAGGUACCGUGUAACAUGUUUUGACUGUUUGACAUGUAACUGUUAAUUUUUAGAGCUGAAACCCCCAAUGUUUUGUGUUGUACGUGGGUGUACUGCUGUGUACUUAACACUAGAAUAAGAUGUGCAAAAUUAAGACUGAGGCCUCAGUAAAGAAUCCCCCAAACCCUGCAGAGUUUAUAUGAGAGACUUAUAUGCUCCCCCCCACCCCAGCUCUGUCUUGGGGGCCUGGCAGGCUCCCCCCAGCCCACCCAUGGGGACAAAUGUCUUCCAUGUGCCCCCUACCUGGGCCACCGUGUGGACUCUCACCCUUCAUUGGCUCCUGCAGCAGUGGAAAUGCAGGGGGCUUGGGGGCACCUGGGGUCCUUGGGGGUGCUUUGGGAGCAAUGUGACUGCUUGUACAGACUUUUUUUUUUUUUGUUGGGUUUUUUUUUUCUUUUUGCUUGCAAGAUAUUUUUAUAAUAAAAGUGAAAAGUCCUGUGCUGCUCC